AGUAUAUAUCUACCUCUCUCCAAACAAACACACACAAUCUCUAAUCUCCAAAUAUCUUAAAAGAAAAAUGGCUGUUGAAGCUGCUAAUCAUCUCACACUUUUCUCUCCCCAAUUCCUUCUCAACAAACACUCACCAAUGGCAAUCAACACCGUCAACAACCAACCAUCAACCACCGUAGUCAACAAUCUCUACAACUGUAAUUAUAUAAAUCCUAUUUCCGCCGCCGCCGAUACUCUACUUCCGAUGUAUUCCGCCGGUUUCACUGAAAAUGAUAGCGGACUUACUUACAGUACUCUUCCGGUUUCUAGAAAACGUUCUCGUGAUUCUGAUUCUUAUUCUUCUAUGUAUCCGUUUUCCAACGGUCCGAUCGCCGGUAACCGGAAUCUAAAUAACUGCCGAUCUCAUUUCACGUUUCUCGGCGAAGAUAUUUCUUCUCAGAUUCAGCAACAGCAGCUGGAAAUCGAUCAAUUCGUGGCUAUUCAUACGGAGAAAGUGCGAGCUGAAAUAGAGGACAGAAGAAAGCGAAAUUCACGGACAAUAAUCGCAGCAUUAGAAGAAAACAUAACACAAAAAUUAAGAGCAAAAGAAGACGAGAUCACAAAAAUGAGGAAACUAAACUACGCAUUAGAAGAGAAAGUGAAAUCCCUAUCAAUAGAAAACCAAAUCUGGCGUGAAGUAGCACAAACAAACGAAGCAACGGCCAAUUCAUUACGUUUCAAUUUAAAACAAGUUCUUGAACAAGUGGUUUACAACGAAUAUAACAAGUCGUCGGGAUGUGAUGCUGACGUGACAGUAUUAUCAGACGACGCUCAGUCGUGCUGCGAAAGUAAUAAUUAUGAAAAUGCGUGCAUGUUACCCGAGCAAGAUAGUGGGAACAGUAAUGAGAGGAGGCUGAUGUGCAAAAGUUGUGGAAAACAAGAGUCAUGUGUGUUGUUGCUGCCUUGUAGGCAUCUUUGCCUUUGUACAGUUUGUGCUUCAUCUGUUGAUACUUGCCUUAUUUGUAAAUCACCUAAAAAUAUCAGUGUUCAUGUUCAUAUGUCCUGAUAUAUUAAUUCAUUUGUAAUUUCUUUUAGAAAAAUUCUUUCAAUAUUAGAAUUAAUAUGAAAUUUGUUAUUUUUUGUUGGUUAA